AUUGAUAUAACUAACCAUCACUCGCAGUCUGAGAGAAGUAAGCAACAUGACCGUCGUGCUGCUGUCACUUAUUGUCGGAGCGCUCAUAGCCUUUUACUUUUAUCUGACGCGUAAUUAUAAGUAUUGGCAAAAACACGGAGUUCCGUGCGCGGAUGGCGUUCUACCGGGGUUUGGUCAUAUGCUGUCGGUGGUCUGCAUGAAGACGGACAUUGCCAACUUCAUUUGGAAAAUUUACAACGAUAACAAUGAUGCCAGCAUGGUUGGAAUCUACGAUUUUACAACACCGUUGUUGAUGAUUCGCGAGCCGAGGUUGUUAAGAACAGUGCUACAAGUCAAUUUCUCGAGUUUCUCUGAGAACUGCAUCGAUAUCGAUCCUAAAUUGGACCCGCUCUUAGCUACUAAUCCUUUCGCCCUUUCCGGAGAGAAGUGGGCAAGCGGCAGAAAACGCUUCACUUAUGCAUUCUCGAGCAUGCGACUGAAGCUCUUGCUCGAAAGCGUUAAAAACGUGUGUGCGACGUUUGAGAAUUAUAUUAAUGAACAGUUAAGCAAUGUUGAGAAGGCGGAGUUCGAAUUGAAGGAUUUAUUCUCCAGAUACACUGCACAAGUGACAGCCGCCGCUGGUUUCGGCAUAGAUGGACACUGCUUCGAUGACAACAAAAAAGAUGUAUCUUUUCGAAAAAUCGGACAAGCCAUUUUCGAGCCAUCCUUGCGAAACAAAAUGGCAUACAUUCUCGGGAUCCUUAUUCCGUCGUUCAACAAAAUCUUUAAGGUAGGCUUCAUUCAGAAGCAUGUCGAUCAAUACUUCAGAGCGUUAGUUGCGGAUCUCAUGGAACAAAGGAGGCGGGACAAGAUACCUAGAAACGAUUUUCUUCAUUUAAUGGCCGAACUAGAAAGAGCAGAGGGUGAUAAAUUGGACAUUGAAACGGUCACAGGAUACGCAUUAUCAUUCAUCGUCGAUGGCAAUGAAUCCACCAGCAGCGUAAUGAGCUUCUUUGGCUUCUAUUUAGCUAGCUAUCCAGAAGUACAGGAGAAAUUACGGGAAGAGGUGAUGUCCGUUCUCAAGAGAUACGACGGUAAAAUUACUUAUGAAGGAUUGAGAGAGAUGACAUACAUGGAUCAGGUUUUCAACGAAACAAUGAGAAUGAUACCCGCGGGAAUACCUAUAAAAAAGCGAUGCACAGAAGAAUUCGAACUGAAAGGAUCCGAUGGACUUGUAUGCCGCGUUCAGCCCGGAACGGAGAUCCUGAUACCGGUACAAGCUUUACAUAGAGAUCCUCAAUACUGGGAAAAUCCAGAGGAGUACGAUCCUGAAAGAUUCAGUUCGGACAGAAAACAGAGCAUCGAAAGAUUCACUUAUCUACCCUUUGGCGAAGGCCCACGAAUGUGCGUGGGUAUGAGAAUGGCCCAGCUUCAGGUAAAAGCAGGUCUGACUAUAAUUCUAAGGAAGUAUAAGCUGGAGCUGUCCCCAAAAACGCAAAUACCUUUAAAAAUGAUUCCUGGAGCUAUUUUACCAGCAGCAAAAGGCGGAUUGUGGGUCUAUUUUCAACAGCUUUAAAUACGAAUGUUUCCUUUUAAUGCUGCGAAAAAUAUUGUUAUAAUCGAAAGAAAGAAUUAUGACAAAACUUUAUAUAAAA